AUGUUUAACAAGGCUGACUUGGUGGUGUUUUACUUCACCUACGCCGCCCUCAUGAUGGCGCUGAUGGUGUGCAGUGUCUUGUCACCCAUCCAGGUGCGUUCCGUUGGUGAGCGGAACCUGUCUGUCUACGGCGUAGCUCUUGUGUACGACUCGCCACCCAGCACCUGGAUCGGGGCAUCCGGCAGCGCCUUGAAAAGCAGCAGCAACAUCAUGGAUACGAGUAGUGGGUCAGCACUUUCCGUUGAGACAGUGCGCAUUAGAACGUCGCUGGCGCACCUCCCCGCUUCGACGCUGACACGCUGCAUGACCGCCUACCUUGUCUUUGCCUCAUUGUGCCUCCUCACGUGCCUCUUACUCGUCGUCUCCUUGUUAGUCCAGAUGCUGCCGAUGAGGCACGGCUGUGCUGGCGUCUUGAUCACACGCCUGCUCACGGUUCUCGUGCCCCUCGCUGCCAUCGCUUGCUUUGCAAUGGCGGCCGCUCUCGGGCUCCAGUCCCAUUUGUAUCACAACGUGGCAGCGGGGUAUUACACCGACGCGCGCCGUGACAGCCCCGUAAGCAAGCUGCACUCCGGCUUCUUUUCCUCCGUCGCCGCUGCGCUCAUCGGGCUCUUGGUCGUUUUGCUAUCUCCCGUGCUGCGAAUGUGGUGA